GCUCGUCGUGUGUGCAAAAGCUGUCUUUUCUGCAUCAGGAUGAGCAGGACCUGCUGGCUGUAGCGAGAUCGGAUGGGACGCUCUCUGUACUUCGAGCUUCCUAUUCAGACGACCCCACGCUCGUUUCUUUGCUCGAGACCAAGGAAGACCGAAUGCGGCAAGCUUCGUCUUUCGUGGGUCUGCAACUCCGGGAUGAGAGGGGGUUAUAUAGCUGCACCUCCAGCGGACACCUGCGUCUUACUCCUCUGCCCUCGUCUUACUCCUCUCAGCCAGAACCAAAAUUGGGGUCCCUCCCCACGCGCCUCCGAGAAAUGCGACUCUCCCCAUCUAGUAAGACCCUCGCCUAUGGAGGUGAUGAGGUGAACCUCUCGGUUUGGAGCAUCGAACAGGCGUUAGCUGGUAAGAGUGAGGCAUCUACCAAUGACGACGCAAAGGACGAGAAGGGAGGCAAGAAGAGAAAGAACCGUGAGUUGUUUCCCGGAGAACUCUGGAGAGCACGUAAUGAACCAAACGAUAACCUGGAUCUACGUCAACCGAUACAGAUCACUGCGCUGGCCUAUCUCUCCGAGUGCGAGCUCGUUGCGGGCAAUCAGGACGGCACACUGCGUGUAUAUGACACGCGCAGCGGUCGCCGGCCGACAGCGCACUGGAAGAGAGCGAUGAAGGGUUCUUUGAGGUCCCUCCAGUCUGGAGAAGUUGAACAUCAGGUGUUUGCAGGAGACGCAGCGGGUACACUUGCGUCGUUUGACAGCAGAACAGGACGAUGCAUGUACACCUACCGUGGGUUCGCUUCAGCACUUACCGCUCUCGCCCCGAUCCCCGCGUUCUCUACAACGUCGAGCGCGCCCGAGCUCCUAGCCUCGGUGGGCCGAGACAGACUGUUUAGACUUCUAAGCGCACCGAAGCCGCAGGCAGAUGCGAAGAAGAACCAAGAAAAGAGGGGAGAGGUGCUCUGCACGGAAUAUUUGCCGAGUAUCCCAACCUCGGUGGUGUUUGCGGGUUAUGGAGAACCAGUAAAAGGAUCUAAAACUGGGGAAGGGGAGAUCGGUCGAGAAAGAGGCGAGGAUGAGGAGGGUAUGGAAGACAUGGGGGCUGACGAAGAAGUGUGGGAAGGGAUGCAGGGGGUCGGCAGUGACGAGGACGAAGCAGCGGAGAGGCGAAAACGGCGUCGGACUUGAUCUGCUUCGGUCCGGUCAAUCGCCGAGGCUCAGGCAGUCAGUGGUG